CGAAUUUGCAGCGAACCAAAAAUAUAUACCAGAAACGAACUCUCCGCUUCUGCUUCCGCUUCUUUCUCACUUCUGCAUCGCUCGUCGAGGUUCAUAUAAAAAGAAAAUUAAGAAUAAAGAAGAGAAAAUCCUAAGGGUAAAACUCCAGAGCUGGAUUACGUAUGGAAAUCUAUGAGGAGAAUGCUAUCAGUACUCGUAGCUAUAACUUACGGGUUUUGAAUUUGCGGGAGAGGGGGCGUUUAUGUUCGCUCAAAUUUAACAGAGUCAGAAGCGGUGGUGGCGACGACGAGGACGAUGCUCUCGUUGAACGGCAGUUGUUGUAUAGGAAGCUUCCUGAUCAGCAUCUUCUCAACCUCUCUGUUCUAAAGCUCGACGGUUCUCUUUUUGAUGUUAACAUAGGAAGGAAUGCUACAGUUGCAGAGCUGAAGGUAGCAAUAGAGGAGCUUUUUACAGAAAUGGCAGGGGAAACUCAAGGCUGUAUUUCAUGGGCACAUGUUUGGGGGCACUUUUGCUUGGCUUAUGAAGGUCAGAAGCUGGUUAACAACAAGGCUUGCAUUAAAAAUUUUGGGAUCAAAGAUGGUGAUCAGCUUGAAUUUAUCAGGCACAUGUCGAUGAACCAAUCACCAAUAAAAAGACGUGUAAAACAUCACGGUGUUCCCUGCAAAUGCUUUUCACCAAGAUCGAGUCACGAUCAAGAGAGACAAGAGAAUCCUGUGAACCAUCAUAAAGAGGAGGAUGAAGAUCAAGAUUAUUACCACGAUGAAGAGCAUGCAAUGUCCCUGCCGGAGUUCAAGUUUGCUCACUUCUUGAGACGAUGGCUCUCGCACACCAGAUCGCAGAGUGCUUCUCGAAGGAGGUUGGAAGGCCGGAACCAUUCUUCGAGGUUCAAUCUGCACCUUUGAGGAGCCUCUGAUCAUCCACCACUCGUAAAAACAAAAAAGCAAAGGCUUUUGCACUGCAUUGUGCCAUUGGUCUGAAAUAUUGUUUGUUGAUGUUCAAUAUCAGUGAACUUGGAUUUUAGUGUAGAGUCAAUUGCUCACUUACCAGUACUAGUUUAAAUGUAAUUGUUUGCAUACCAUGAUAUGGGCAGCCAAUUUCCGAUGCCAA